AUGCAGAGUCGGUCGUCCCAGGCUGCUGGGGCGCAUGACUGGCGUGCGGCUCUAAAAAACCGGGGCCGUUCUUUCCAAACGAUGCACGACUGGGGCGCGAAGCAGGAGGACCAGCAGCAGCAGGUGGAGAGUCGCGAGGGCCUGCGAGCGGGUGACGGCUUGCCGGAAGCCGGUAAGUUUACCGGCAACUGGACCGGGCCGUCAGACGCCGGCAGGUUCACAGGCGGGGAUCGCCCAUCGGAGACGGACAGCGGAUCUUCCGACGUCAGAAAGGAGUUAUUGAACAACAACGGCUCGUCUUCUUACGUCAGCGGGUCAGCGGUUGCUACGGCGUCUUACGCGGCGUCGCAAAGCCAGCGCGAGGCUUGUGAACCGGGCGCUGUUAGCUCCGCGCGGUCCGCGAUGGAGGAGGUGCGACGCGUGGAGAAGAAGAUGGAAGCAAUGGAAUCCCGGCAAGGAACGCUUAGAGCUCCUGAGUCGGACCGGGCGGUUGACGCGGAUCGGUCUCUCGACUCGAACGCUAUGGAUCGCACCAUCGAGUCGCCUGAAGCGUCUUCUAACGCGCUACAAAAUGACGCGUUACAGAAUGACGCGUUGCUAAACAAAGCGGCUAUGGAACGAGCGAUAGAAGCCAUGGAACGAAUCGGCACGAGUGGCGGCGGGGACGGCGGAGGCGGAGGCGACGAGGGAGCUGGGGGAAGAGCCGGUGAGGGGGACAGCGGAGACGCAGAGGGGGGGCGGCGGCGGGGGAGGGGGAAGGAUGUGGCGGAACUCGAGAAGGAGGUCGAAGAGGCGAAGCAAGCGUCGCACCGCAUAGCCGUUAUGUUCUACCAGCAAGACCAGGAGCUUAAAGACCUGAGAGAGAAUCACCUGGCGCUUCAGGAGGACCAUAAGCGCAUAUCGGUUCAGCUACAAGCGGCGCAGGCGGAGACGGACGAGCUGUGGAACCAGCUGGCGGCGGCGUCCCGCCAGAAGGAGGCGGCGGAAGCGACGGCGGCGGAACUGCGCCUGAAGAUCCGCAUGCUCGCGGGGAACGUGGAGGAGCUGGAGGGGGAAGCGGAGGCCGCCGGGGGUUGGGGCGGCGGGGGAAGAGGCGGAGGCGGAGGAGGAAGCGGAGGUGGAGGUGGGGGAGGGGUUGGCGGAACGACUGCCGUGGAGGGAGUUAGCAGUUUAGAGUCUGAUCUGGUUGGCUUGCGGAAACUCAAGGAGUUAGAAUGGGAGUUAAUAUCCGCGCGAAGCGCGCGCGACCGCGCUAUGACCGUCUUGGCGGGAAUGAGAGAGGAGUGGAAUAAUCUCCGCAAACUGCGCCUGCAGCUUGACGCGCUGACGGCUAGCAGGGAGGUUGCCGGCGGUUCUGCUGGCGCCAGCGGCGGCCGCGGUGCUCAUGCGAUGGACCGCGCAGCCAGGGGGAAACUUGCUGGGGAAGACGUGCGGGGAAGGGCAUAUAGCGGAACGAGACGGGGGGAGGAGGACGCGGGGGAAGCGGGAGGGGAUGAGCUGUUAAAGGGAGUGGAGUCGGAGAUUGCGGAGGAGGCGGACAAGUGGCGGAAGGUGGUUGGUCAGCUGCAGGAGGACCACGUGCGCGCAGUCGUGGAGGCGCAAGACGCGGCGGAGAAAUGCGCGGGCGCGCGGAGGCAGGCGGAAGCCGCCAGUGAAGAAGCGAUGAGGCUUAGGCGGGACAUCGAGCGUGUAAGAGAGGAGAAGACUAUAGCAGAGGAGGAUCUGAGGGAUUUCCGCAAGGGUUGGAAGGACCUAGCCGGGCAUUUAGAAACUUUCGCGGCUAAGGUGAGCGAAAUGGAUGCGGAAUUAGCGGUGAAGAGAAAGGAGAGAGAGGUGAUGGCGAUGGAGAUCGAACGGUCCGUGAAAGAGCGCGAUCUGAUGGCUGUGGAGAUCGGACGGGUGAGAAAGGAGCGAGAUUUUAUGUCGGUGGAGAUCGAACGGCUGCGGAAAGAUCGCGAUCUGAUGGCGCUGGAGAUCGAACGGCUGAGCAAAGAGCGUGAUUUUAUGGCGGUGGAGAUGGAUCGGCUGAGCAAGGAGCGCGCAGAGGCGGAAGAAUCGGCGGAGCGCGCGCGGGGGGAGAUGUGGGGAGAGCGGGAGAAGCGGCUGGGGGAAGUGCAAGAAGCGGAGGAAAAAGCGCGGAGUAUUCGCGAACGCGCGGGGAACGCGUUAGAAGCAUACGCGGAAGAGAGAAAAGAGAUUGAGAAUAUGUUACUGCACCGAGUGCAAACCUUACAGUCGGCGGUGGAGGAGUUGCAAGGGCAGCUUGAUCACGUGCAAGGCGCGAAAAGCAGGCUCGCGCACGCCGCGGGGGCGUUCAUGCGGGAAUUUCAGUACACUGGCGCAGGGGGAGGGGAACGGGGAGGGGGAGGCGGAGGCGGAGCGGAAGGAGGGAGGUUUCGGGAGGCAGCGAACGAAUAUUACAGCGAAGGCGGGGCUUCCAGGGGAGUGGGCGCAGGGCUGGUCUUCCUGGAUGAUAGAGGGAGGGUGGAGAAUCUUGGCCUUCCAUCUACCGGAGAUGGUUUGGGGUUCAAAAUCGGACGGUCGUUAGAGCAGGGCUUGUCUGGGCGGCAGAUAAUUGAAGAGCUGGAUUAUCUGUCCGAUGGCGGGGGCUUGGGAGGCGGUAACGGCCGAGCCUCUGGAGCAGGUCGGGAUGAGACGGUCCGAGGCAUGGCUGGGCAGAGGGGCGUUGGAUCAAGAAGUGGUGGGCGAGGGGCGAUGGGGAUGACAGCCGCAGCAGCAGUGACUGCUGUAGACUACGGAACAUCAUCCAUUGGGGGUGCUGGUGGUGGUGCUGGUGGUGCAAGGAGGUGGAGUGCAGCAGCAGAGCUUGAGCAAGCUUUACAGGCAGAUAGGGGUUGUGGUGUGGGGAGCAAUGUGGAUGAUGACAUGAGGUCAACACGCAGUGGGGGCAGGUCAAGGAGGGCUUAUGGCGGAGGAGGGACAGGAGUAGGAGUAGGAGGAGGGUAUGGUGGUGGUGGUGCGGGGGCAGGGUUGCAGGCGAGGACUCCGAGGGAGAGUGCACGGGCUGGCGUGUUUUCAGACACAUAUGCUGCUCCGCGUUCAGCAUCUCGAGGCAGGGGCGGACUGCGUGGUUCCCUGGAGGAAGACGAUGGUGCCGAUGCUGUGUCAAUCGCCACUUCGAUUCGUCGGGAGAGGGAACGCGAGCGAGAGCGGGACCGAGACCGCGGCACCGAGUAUCUGCAGCAGUGCGAUCGUGAGCGUCGAUUCCGGGAUGAGAGGGAGGACGACGACAGGAUAUCCGUUCACGCUCUGGAGAAGUAUGCGCCGAACCUGGCUCGCAGUUUGAACGUUGGCGGCAUUGCAUCUUCAGGAGUAGCUGGAGGUGGUAGGCGUGGGGUUGACGACGAUGAAGAUGCCAGGAGUGUUAGCAGUCAUGGGAAGACGAUCGAGGAGACUUAUCAGCGCAAGACGCCGCUAGAGCACGUGCUCCUCCGGCCGGACACGUACAUAGGUUCGGUGCAGACGCACGUGGGUCCGCAGUGGGUUUGGGAGCAGGGUCGGAUGGUACACCGCGAGGUUCGGAUGGUUCCGGGGCUGUAUAAGAUAUUCGACGAGAUUCUGGUGAAUGCGGCGGAUAACAAGCAGCGCGACCCGAGCAUGGACGCUAUUAAAGUGUGGAACAACGGUCGUGGAAUUCCGGUGGAGGUUCACGCGAAGGAGGGAUGCUACGUGCCAGAGCUCAUCUUCGGGCACCUGCUGACAAGCAGCAACUACGACGACUCGGCGCGCAAGACCACGGGCGGGCGCAACGGGUACGGCGCGAAGCUGGCGAACAUCUUCAGUACGGAGUUUGUGGUGGAGACAGCAGACGGCAGCCGGCAGAAGAAGUACAAGCAGGUCUUCUCUAACAACAUGAGCGUCACGAAACCCCCAAUCUUAUCAAAGAACAUGAGCAUCAAGAAGCCCCCUGUCUUCUCUAAGAACAUGAGCGUAAAAAAGGAACCAGUAAUCAAGGACUGCAAGCCCACCGACAACUUCACCUCAAUCACCUUCCACCCGGACUUGGCCAAAUUCGGGCUCGAUUCUCUAGACGCAGACCACGUGGCACUCAUGAGCCGACGUGUCGUUGACGUGGCAGGGUGCCUGGGGAAAUCCGUGAAGGUCACGCUCAAUGGCACGCGUGUGCCUGUGAAAUCGUUUGCGGAUUAUGCGGGGUUGUAUCUUGCCCCUCCUCCGCCGCCCACCCCGCAACCCCCCGCCACUCCGCCAUCAUCAGGGGAAGGGGGGAGCGGAGGGGGCGGAGGGGAAGGCGGGGAGGGGGCAGGGGCGGAAGGAGGGGUGUCUGCAGCAGAAGCGGCAGCGGCAGCAGCUGCAGCUGCUGCUCAUCCUUCAACUCAUGAGAAGCUCCCAAGCUUCGUGAACGCCAUUGCGACCACGCGAGGAGGCACGCACGUGAACAUGGUAUCAGAGCAGAUCGUGAGGUACCUGCUGGACAAGGCGCAAAAGAAGGCUGCCACUGGCAAGCAUGGGUCCGCCAGUGGCGCUGCUGCCAUCAAGCCGCACCAGAUCGUGCGGCACCUGCUGGAGAAGGUGCAGAAGAAGGCCAGCACUGGCAAGCACGGGUCUGCCAGUGGUGCUUCUGCCAUCAAGCCACACCAGGUGCGCAGUCAGCUGUGGGUGUUUGUGAACUGCCUGGUGGUGAACCCAGCCUUUGACUCGCAGACCAAGGAGAGACUCAAACACGCGCCCCUCUGUGCUCUAUCCCUUUUCUUGCUUGCCUAUUCCUCUGGUCUCUUUCAGGUGCGCAGUCAGCUGUGGGUGUUUGUGAACUGCCUGGUGGUGAAUCCAGCCUUUGACUCGCAGACCAAGGAGACGCUCAACACACGCCCCUCUGACUUUGGCUCCAAGUGCCACCUCUCGGAAGACUUUCUCAAGAAAGUGGCUGCCAAGUGCGGCAUAGUGGAGCAUCUGCUGUCCUUGGCAGCGCACAAGCAGACCAAGGAUCUCAAGCGCAGCGACGGCAGCAAGAGGCAGCGCGUGUCGGGCAUAACGAAGCUGGACGAUGCCAACGAGGCGGGUGGUAGGAAUGCGGAGCACUGCACCCUGAUAUUGACAGAAGGAGACUCUGCUAAGACUCUGGCGGUGUCUGGGCUCAGUGUGGUGGGCCGUGAUCGCUACGGUGUGUUUCCCCUGCGAGGCAAACUGCUGAACGUGAGGGAUGCGUCUCACCGGCAGAUGAUGGAGAAUACUGAGAUUGGGCAUCUGAAGCAGAUCCUGGGGCUGCAGCAUGGGAAGAGCUACGAGAGCGUGAAGGCGCUGCGAUACGGGCACCUUAUGAUCAUGACUGACCAGGACCACGAUGGAUCCCACAUCAAGGGGCUUUUGAUCAACCUGCUGCACUCCUGCUGGCCGUCCCUGCUCAAGCACCCCUCCUUCCUCCGCGAAUUCAUCACCCCGAUCGUCAAAGCCACCGGGCCUAGAGGCCGCACCCUCGCCUUCUACACCAUACCUGAGUACGAGGCUUGGAAGCGGACCUUAGGCUCGGAGGCGAGGCAGUGGAAGGUGAAGUACUACAAGGGUCUGGGCACGAGCACACCUAAAGAAGCCAAGGAGUAUUUUGCACAGCUGGACCGGCACAGGAAGGACUUUGAGUGGCGGGGGGAGGGCGACGGGGAGCGGAUCGAGAUGGCGUUUAGCAAGAAGGCGGUGGAUGCGAGAAAGCAGUGGCUGCGCUCCUAUGAGCCCGGCACGUACCUGGACCAGACGGCGCAGCGCAUCAGCUACAGCGACUUUGUGGACAAGGAGCUCAUCCUCUACUCCAUUGCUGACAACAUGCGCUCCAUCCCCUCCGUUGUGGACGGGCUCAAGCCGGGGCAGCGCAAGAUCCUCUUCUCGUGCUUCAAGCGCAAGCUGCACUCAGAUAUCAAGGUGGCACAGCUGGCAGGGUACGUGUCAGAACACGCAGCGUACCAUCACGGCGAGCAGAGUCUGAUGAGCACCAUUGUGAACCUCGCCCAGGACUUCGUGGGCAGCAACAACGUCCACCUGCUCGUUCCGUCCGGGCAGUUCGGAACUCGCCUGCAGCACAAGCUGAUGAAUUUGCGCCCUCUUCCAUCUCUCUGCCCUAUCACCGCCUUUCUCUUCCUCUUCUCCCUCCUCUCCCUUCUCUCCCUCCUCUCCAGCAUCUCCUUCCUCUUCCUUCUCUCCCUCCUCUCCCUCCUCUCCCUCCUCUCCCGCCUCUCCCUCCUCUCCCUCCCCUCCCUCCUCUCCCGCCUCUCCCUCCUCUCCCUCCCCUCCCUCCUAUCCAUCCUCUCUCAUCUCUCCCGCCUCUCCCUCCUCUCCCUCCUCUCCCUCCUCUGCCGCCUCUCCCUCCUCUCCCUCCUCUGCCGCCUCUCCCUCCUCUCCCUCCUCUCCCUCCUCUCCCUCCUCUCCCUCCUCUCCCUCCUCUCCCUCCUCUUCCGCCUCUUCCUCCUCUCCCUCCCCUCCCGCCUCUCCCUCCUCUUCCUCCUCUCUCUUCUCUCCCUUAUCUCCGUCCUCUCCCGCCUCUCCCUCCACUCUCUCCUUUACCACCUCUCCCUCCUCUCCCUCCUCUCCCUUCUCUCCAUCCUCUCCAUCCUGUCCCUCGUCGCCCUCCCCGCCCUCCUCUCCCUCCCCUCCCUCCCCUCCCUCCUCUCCCUCCCAUCCCUCCUCUCUCCCCUCUCUCUCCUCUCUUCCUCCUCCCUGCCCCUCCUGUGUGUCUUGGCUGACGACGCCCUACUGGAUUACCUGGAUGACGACGGGCAGAGGAUCGAACCCAAGUGGUACGUGCCCAUCCUGCCCAUGGUGCUCAUCAACGGCAGUGAGGGCAUCGGCACGGGGUGGAGCUCGUAUGUGCCGACGUUCAACCCACGGGACGUGGUGGCAAACCUCAAGAGGCGCAUGCGAGGGGAGCCCAUGCUGCCCAUGCACCCCUGGUUCCGCGGAUUCAAGAUUAGGGGGGGUAUGCUGGGGGGAAGCGGGAGGGAAUGGGAGGGAAAGGGGUGGCAGGGUUUGUCCUUUAGUGGAUUACUUGGCACGGGGUGGAGCUCGUAUGUGCCGACGUUCAACCCGCAGGACGUGGUGGCGAACCUCAAGAGGCGCAUGAAAGGGGAGCCUAUGCUGCCCAUGCACCCCUGGUUCCGUGGCUUCAAGGGUUCCAUCCAGCUGACGUCAGCGCGGCAGGGAGGAGGCAACUCGUACACCGUGACAGGUGUCGCGACGCGAUUGGCCAGCAGCAGCGGCGGGCGCAAGGGCGAGAAGCAGCCGCAGCAGCAGGGAGUGACAGGUGUCGCGAUCACAGAGCUCCCCAUCCGCACGUGGACACAGAACUACAAGGAGUUUCUGGAAGGGAUGAUGGGAGGAGCGGGUGGUGGUCAUGGUGGUGGGGAGGGAGGGGGAAAGGUGGCGCUGAUUAAGGACAUGAGGGAGUAUCAUACUGAUACGUCGGUGCAUUUUGAGGUGGAAUUUACUGCUGAGGGAGCGGCGUAUUUCAUGGGAGAAGGAGGGACGGUGGGAGCGAGGAGAGGAAGUUCUGCAGCGGCUGCUGCUGCCUCUGCUGCUGCUGCUGCUGCUGCGGCGGCGGCGGCGGCAGGGGCAGACGUAGGGGGGGAGGGGAUGGGCGGAGGAGGAGCAGGAUGUGAGGGGGAGAGAGCAGAGGGGCAAGAGGAGGAGGAGGGAGAGGAGGCGAGGAGGGAGAGGGAGGAGAGGAGGGCGCGCGCGCAGUGGGCGGUGAUGGAGAAGCGGCUGAAGCUGACAACGACGAUGAACACGGGGAAUAUGCACCUGUUUGAUGCAGAUGGGCGCAUGAAGAAAUACGACAGCCCGGAAGACAGUGAGUCGAGGGAGUGUUUGGGGGGUUACGUGAGUGUGAUGGGAGUGCUUCGGGAGACUCUUUAUCGAGGACUUUUACGGCAUUCGUCUGGGGUACUUACGAACGAGCAGAGGAAGGAGCACCAGCUGGCACAGCUGCGCCACAAGCUGGCCUUCCCUUACCUUACUCUUCCUGCCCUCCCUCCCUGUUCCUCACCCUCAUCAGUAAUCGAGGACUUCUAUGGCAUUCGCCUGGGGUAUUAUGAGCAGAGGAAGGAGCAUCAACUUGCACAGCUGCGUCAUGAGCUGCUGCGGCUGGACAACCGCGCUCGCUUCGUGCGGGCGGUGAUUCAAGGCGACGUGGUGAUCACCAACAGGAAGCAGGCUGACAUCGUGGCACAGCUCAAGGUACGUGGUUUCACCCCUCUUCCCAAGGGUCACGCGGCCGCCCCUGUGGUGGUUGCUGACGUGGACCCGGGCAGCACUGAUGUCAGCGCGGAUGGGGAUGACGUGGAGAUGGACGACGUGGAAACACCAGCAGGGCACAAGGCAGGGAAGGGGAAAAACACAGCAGCAGCAGGAAAAUCAGGAGCCGCAGGAAAAACAGCAGCAGCAGGAGCAGUACCAUCAGCAGGAGCAGUGGGAGCAGCGUAUGAGUAUCUGCUGGGAAUGCCUUUGUGGAGCCUGACGUGGGAGCGCGUGGAGCAGUUGGAGCAGGAGAGAAGGGGCAAGGAGGAGGAGGUGGUGGUGCUGCAGGCGACCUCGCCUCUGCAGCUGUGGGAGAGAGACCUGGAUUUGUUCCUGGAGACUCUUGAGCAGCACCAGCAGCAGUGCUGCGAGGAGGAGGAGGUGGUGCCGCUGCAGUCCACGUCGCCUCAGCAGCUGUGA